UGGGUUUCCAUUUUGUACUUUUGGGUGGAAUUUUAAUGACAAAUUGUCUGAAAAUAUGUCGUUUCGCGAACGUUCCGAUGUGGAGGAUAUAAAAGGCUGUGAUUCGCGCGACGUAGAAAGCAGAGCUUAUACGAGCUGUAAGGUAAAAAGCGAGAAACAAACAUGGGUCGAGAUAACUUGUCUAUUGUGAGUUUAAACUCGGCAAGACGAGGAUUUGAGUCUCUCAAAGAAACACAUAGGACGCCUUAUCUCGAGAGAAUUCUUCAGAGCUCCACCCCAGACAUUUGCUUCCUUCCAGGCGACGACAAAGCUAUCGGUCCUAAUGCUGUUGUCGGUUACCAACAGUUCCCUGCGCCAUCCGGUGACGGCACUGUACUGCUAUACAACUACAAACGUAUGACGCUGAGACAACCCGAGGUGGACAUGUAUAAUGUCAUUCAGCCGCUUAAAGGGCUGGAUCCUUUGAAAUUGGUAUGUCCAAUAGUCGAGGUCUAUGCUCCCGGAGAGAAUCGAGUGGUGCGGGAGUUCUCUAUGAUUUCAUGGAAGUAUACGUUAUUUAAGAACUGCAGAGAAGAACCGACUUCUCUAGCAGAAAGCAUAAUACUUUUUGCACAGCGACUGGCGCAGAUGACGAAGAGGCCCUUGCUUAUUGGAGGUGAGAUGCCUUUCGAUCACGGAACCUUGCAGAAUAUCGUCAAAAAGAUCUCCCAUGACAAUCAGGAACAAUUUAUUAUGGACAUCAGUCCCGAAAUGAAAGAGGACGGCUACUUAACAAGUAACAUUAAGUCCUCGCAAUUGAGCCAGCGCCAUUUGUUUAUAAUGAAAGUGUACCGCUGCAGCACAAGUUUUACCAAACCGCAAGAGAUCGUCCAGACGUGGAACGCUGGACCUCCAAACGCCGACUGCUUCAUUGCAUCGAAGGCGCUUGAACUGACUGAGGCACAGUUGCUUGAUGUUGAGCCAGUGAUUGGAAGAAAGGUGGAGAUGAUAAAUAUUGCCAACACAGAUUGUCAGUCAAAUACAGAGACUGAAGUGAAGCAACCAACGCAUCGCACAAGCUGCUCAACAGCACAACAUGUGUAUCGCCCUACAUCCACAACAAUGACGGUUCAAGCCCGCCCACCAAAGCAUAGCAACGGUUAGUGAUGAAUAACCUUUGAACUGGUCGAGUUCAACAUGUUACAGUUUGGAAUGUCAUAUCAUCAGAAGUCAUAGCUUCAAAGAACAUGCACUACAUGAGGAAACGGUGAAGAUCAACAUCAUGUCGAGUGGUGCGGGUCAUUAAGAGUAUCAAUUUGAGCGAUCAGCUGAUCUGGGUGGCAGUUUCCUAGCAAAAUCGUAUGCUCGUGUGUCAACUGAGUGAUAUAUUAUUAUGUUUUUUAAUCAAUGCUUUUUUGGUUACAAUAUCAAGGUCAUUUGUAUGUUAUGAAAACUGAUAUCAAUAAAAGUGUAGAAGAUUUACAUAUAAUAAUUUAUUGACAUCACCUGAUAAAUAUUUAAGAACAUAUAUGUUUGAAAUUUUUAUGGUUUGAAUAAUGGGAAUGCACUUAAGUGUAUCUUUCGUGGACGAGAAAAUAUUGUAAAACUAGGGUGUAAUAUUCCAAAGGUUAACCGAGAGCAUAAACCAGGCUUGCAAUAGUUUAGCGAUACUCUUAAUAUUGCUAUUGAGUUGAUCAAAUAGUAAGGGGAUCAGGCAUUCAUGCCUGUAAUAUUUGUUCAUAUAGAUCGAGUAAUGUCGGCGUGUUCGAUAAAUCAUUUUCAUUUUUGUAAACGAAUAGAAUGUAAUUAAGGUUUGUAAGUCGUGAAUUUUCUUUAGCUAUCACAUUACAUGGAUAAGAGGUAUUGUCAACACCAAGUUUUACUCGUAUGUAAAUAACUUGAUAACAUUUUUACUGUUACAUACUUGCUAGCUAAUUUAUAUAAGAUUGUUAUAUUGGAAAAAAAUAUAUCAGAAAA